AUGAGAGAGAGCUUUGAAAAGGGCGAGUUUCAAAAUGAAGAUGUUUGCUAUGCAAGUAUCCUGUGCUACAAACAAGUUUUAUUGACAAUAAAGGAUAUGGACAGGUCUGCUUCAGAAGAAGACAGAGAGAUUGCUGAUAAUAUGAAAACAAGAUUGUUUUAUGAAGAGGCAACUCUCAACAUGCUCGCUUCCAUUCCCCGAACUGCCAGCAACAAGAAUGCCGCAUACAUCAAGGAUUGUAUUGAACUAAUGCACAUUGUUCUUAAGAUGCUUGAAUCGUUUUCUAAGCAACACACUGCUCACUUUGUUCGAAGCAGGCGCAGACAGCGAAAGAAGAAGGCUGCUGCAGAAGACGACAUGGAUGAUAUUGUUGAUGAAAAUGAAGACGAAGAAUCCAAGAGAGUCACCCACGAACGAAAAUUCGAAUUCGCUCGUUUCGAGGCAAAGCUUAUUAAUGAGCCUACGGUAGACACUUAUAAAACAUUUUUACAGAAUUACCAAGAGCUUUCAGACCGAGAAAUCAUGUGGGCUGUGGCUUAUUUCCAUCGUACCUUUGUCAAGCGAGAGGCCCAUGCGCUGUUUUUCAGUCUAGAUUUUAUGAAGCUGCUACAAGACAUGACAAGUUCUUCUACUAGUGGAUUGUCGCACGAUACUAUAGCUCGCAAAGAGGUAGAAAAGUUUUUAUCGUAUUACAUGGCCAAGUUCGAGGAAGCGGUCGAAAGAACUCCAUCUCUAUAUGUGGAAUUACUAUUUUCUAAAAUGCCUGAUACCUGGUAUUACUUCGAUCACGGUUACGAUAAACCUAAGGAUUCGAAGGUUUCGAGGACGGCAGCUGUCUGGGUAUUCAAAUCAUCGUUUGGUCUAGAUGCCGAACGUAAGGUCGCCAUUGUAGUUGCUGCUUUGCUAGACGAAGAAAAGUCUAAUUUAAUAGAGUGGUUGAUUGGACGAAUUGGUGAAAUCAAAACUAAGCGCAGUCAAGAUGGCAAUGCCGCUAUCAAUGAAAUACUUGCUAUCGAUAAAGAUCAUACCAAAUGGGUUACUAAAGAAGGAAAAUUCAGGUUGCUUUUGGAGCUUAUUGGUUUUACUCUGGAAGACAGCGGCAAGUGCAUAGUCCCCUCUAGCUUAAGCUUGGAAGAUCUGGAACGUUCAGAAAAGUGGUUGAAGAGAUAUCUCUUCACACCAGUUACAUUAGAUGACGAUAUGGUUGCAGCUGACUAUCUUCGUCGUAAAAAACCAAAUGAAAGUGUUGAGGAUCACAGCGAUUACAGCGGUCCUGAGGAGAAUGAUAAUGCUGAACAAGAGAUGAAUGGUUUCAUUGCCGGAGAUGACGAGGAUGCUGAUGACGAGGAUUUGGCGGCAAGAUUUGCUGAUCCCCGGUUUAAUGCUCUACCAGAAGACGAACGACUUGCAAAGGCUAUUACAGCUGAAAAGGAUAGAGCAAGAAAGAAACUGUUCCAGAAAGAUGGCAAAGAAAAGAAAAAGAAACGUAGACUGGACAAUGGUGGAAGAAAGGCAAAGAAAGAUCAUAACAGCCAGCUGGAAAAGGAACAUGAGAAGCAACGGAAAAUUAAGAGUAGUGCAUUCGUUCAUGAUUCAGACGAUGAAAGUGAUGAAGAGCGUGAGCGUGAAUUUUUCCAGUCUGAACAGAAACUUCGUGAAUUGAUUAGCAAGGCUAAUAGUGGACAAGCUGAAGAAGGGGAUGCAUUGCAGCGUUUCAGUCAAUCUCAAAGAUCCUCGAUCCGGACACAAACUCCACAACCUUCAUUUCAACAAGUCCAAUCGCAAUCAGAAGACCCUAGUUCCGACACUAAUAGCAUGUCUGAAAGUGAACCAGAAAAUUCAUCUGAAUCGCAAACUGACCCUGUAUCUUUCGCAGAAGAAGAAAACGAUGAGGAUCUGAGCGUCAAGAAGCGACGGAAAAUAGUCAUUGAUGACGAAGAGGAAUAA